ACAAGUUAAUUUAGCGUAAUGGUGGUGAUUGUAGAGAAUAUUGAUGAACUGCAUUAUUUUUAUUUGUAGUGUUUAAUUAAAUAGUGUAAAUCAAAUUAUAUACUUUUGUGGCCGUGGCCAUAACAUGCUUUCUUAUGUCGGGUUUACCUAAGACUCCUGUUUUGGUUGAGGAGGGUGGUAAUCAGUGUAGAAAACGUUCACAAGUCAAUAACGAACAGUCCAGCAAGAGAGCAAAAUUAGACGAAAUGAAUGUCAAUGAGAAGAAAUCAAACUUCUCCUUGCUAACUCCAAACUCCAAUGGCGCUAUUAAGAUGUCGGCGACCACGAUUAAACCCGGAGUAGCAACAAAGAAACUGGUUAUAAAAAAUUUUAAAAGCAAACCGAAUCUUCCAGAAAAUUACCAAGAGACAACAUGGAGGAAGUUGCGGGAAGCCGUGAUCGCCAUUCAGACGUCGACGGCUAUUGCAUAUUCCUUGGAAGAGCUGUAUCAAGCUGUAGAAAAUAUGUGCAGUCAUAAGAUGGCAUCGCAAUUGUAUGUCAGCUUAACAAACCUAGUUGAAUCCCACGUAAAGGCCAACAUAGAACAGUUCCUUUCCGAGAGUAUGGAUCGCCAGGUGUUCCUUAAGAGAAUGGAUGAUUGCUGGAGAGCUCAUUGCCGACAGAUGAUCAUGAUCCGCAGCAUUUUCUUAUAUUUAGACAGAACUUAUGUAUUACAAAAUCCUAGUAUACAUUCUAUAUGGGACAUGGGUCUAGACUUGUUCCGGCACCAUAUAGCGAUGAACACAUUAGUGCAGACUCGUACCGUAGAUGGCUUGCUGCUACUGAUUGAGCGGGAGCGAGGUGGUGAUUCUGUUGACAUCUCUCUGCUCAAGAGUCUUCUGCGUAUGCUCUCCGAUCUGCAAAUAUACCAGGAUGCCUUCGAACACAAGUUCCUGCAGGCUACGGAACGUCUGUACGCGGCGGAGGGCCAGCGGCUGAUGCGCGAACUCUCCGUGGCGCAGUACCUCGCUCACGUCGAGAAGAGGCUGAAAGAAGAGAACGAGAGGCUGCUGCACUAUUUAGACCCAUCUACUAAAUGGCAACUGAUCCAUACAAUAGAGCGGCAGUUGCUCAGCGAGCACCUCACGGGGAUACUUACCAAAGGCCUGGAGGCUCUCAUGGAUGGCCCUCGGCUCUCUGAUCUCACCAUAUUGUACAAUCUCUUUAGCAAAGUUAAAGAUGGACUUAACGAACUGUGCAAUCAUUUCAAUGCUUAUAUCAAGAAAAAAGGUCGUACGAUAGUGAUAGAGCCGGAGCGCGAUAAGACGAUGGUGUCGGAGCUGCUGGAGUUCAAGGAGCGGCUGGACCACGUGGUGGGCGCCUGCUUCCAGCGCAACUCCAAGUUCGUCUACUCCAUGAGGGAGGCCUUCGAGUACUUCAUCAAUCAGCGACAGAAUAAACCCGCUGAACUUAUUGCCAAAUUUGUCGACCUAAAGCUCCGGGCUGGUAAUAAAGAAGCCACAGAGGAGGAAUUGGAACGACUCCUUGAUAAGAUAAUGGUAUUAUUCCGAUUCAUCCAUGGCAAGGAUGUGUUUGAAGCAUUCUACAAGAAGGACUUGGCCAAAAGACUGCUGGUUGGCAAAUCAGCUUCGGUGGACGCUGAGAAGUCAAUGCUCAGCAAACUGAAGCAGGAGUGCGGAGGAGGCUUCACUUGCAAACUCGAAGGAAUGUUUAAAGAUAUGGAGUUGUCUAAGGAUAUUAAUAUUACGUAUAAACAGCACCUGGCGGCGAGCCAGGAGGGCGCGGGGCUGGAGCUGUCGGUGUACAUCCUGACGAUGGGGUUCUGGCCGACGUACCCGGCGGGCGAGGUGCGGCUGCCGGGCGAGCUGACGCGCCACCAGGACCACUUCGCCAAGUUCUACCUCGCCAAGCACUCCGGCCGCAAGCUGCAGUGGCAGGCCACGCUCGGCCACUGCGUGCUGCGGGCGCACUUCGCACAGGGUAAUAAAGAAUUACAGGUAUCCCUAUUCCAAGCUCUCGUUCUGCUGCUCUUCAACGACGGCGACAAUCUCUCAUUUGAAGAUAUUAAAACAACUACUAACAUUGAGGAGGGCGAGCUGCGGCGCACGCUGCAGUCGCUGGCGUGCGGCAAGGCGCGCGUGCUGAGCAAGGCGCCGCGCGGCCGCGACGUGCGCGACAAGGACCACUUCGCCUUCAACAACGACUUCACCAACAAGCUCUUCCGCAUCAAGAUCAACCAGAUACAGAUGAAGGAAACUAGCGAGGAGCAGAAGGCGACAGAGGAGCGCGUGUUCCAGGACCGGCAGUACCAGAUAGACGCGGCCAUCGUGCGCGUCAUGAAGAUGCGCAAGGCGCUAUCGCACAACCUCCUUAUCUCAGAGCUCUACAACCAGCUCAAGUUCCCCGUCAAGCCUGCUGACCUCAAAAAGCGCAUAGAGUCGCUCAUUGAUAGAGACUACAUGGAACGUGACAAGGAUAACCCCAACCAGUAUAACUACGUGGCGUAAAGCACCCCGCACCCCCCGCGGCACCCCCCGGACACCCCCCACGGGAGACAUCGCACUGGAGUAAAUGUGACGCAAACUAUGUAUCAGUGAAUAUUAAAAAAAAUGAUUUAAAAAAAAAUUGUCAUUGUAGAUAGCUUCACGUACAGCGGACCCGCUUUAUAAAUAUGGAUAAACACGCUAGGAAAUAACGUGUGAUAUUAGCCAAUUGAUGACCCUCUGUGAAACUUCUAUAUUGAGUCAUAAAGCAAUAAAUGUUUUGAUUAAAGUUAGAUUGUUUUCACUUGUGUUAGUUAAAUGUUUCAAAACUAAUUUAUAUACUUUGACAAUGUUUUAUGCAUUUUAUUAUCAAUUUGAUGAUGACGCAGUUAUUUUUAAUUCAUAAAAUUGAUACCUCAAAUUCAUUUUGACAAUCAUAAUAGAAACGAUAUAAAUAUUUGUUACGGUAUUUACUACUAAAUCGAAUAAAAACUAUUAAAAACCUCGUCUAAUAAAACGGGUUUUGCAAAGAUUUUGUUUGCAUACAGUCAUAGGUUUGAAUUACGAUUAAAUUUGAUGAGCUGUAGAUCAGUGAAUCAGCUCACGGAUCAAUUCAAUUUGUACCUCUAUGGUUUGCGUGAGUUAGUCGCCAGGCGAGCGGCUCAGCUGCCAGUUAAAAUACGCAUUGAGCCGUGAGCUGGUGAGUGAAUGAGAAGUGAGUUUAAGAUCAGAGCUGUUUUAGACAUGCCUAAAAGUAGUUAGGGAAAUUUCCUAGCUCUUCUUAAGCAUAUAUUAGAUUUUUUUAUUAUCUGAAGAUGUGAUUUUUAUGUAUUGUUUUCCUUCAUAUGACAUCACUACGUAGAUAAGGGCCCGGCCACGCCCCACGUCAGCCAAUACAAUUUAUUGCAUAUCGGAGUAAAUCCAUAAGAUGCCAAACUUAUUUAUUAGUAAAGAUAAGGUUUCACUGAUGUUUUGUUACAAUGUGCUGUUUAUGAAGGUAAGAUAUUCAGUUCCAGAGGGAUCACCAAUUAAAACUAUUUAUAAUUUUAAA